UAAUCUGUGGCUGCAGGUGGGCCCACUCGCAUUGUCGAACAGGCCUCGUGGACGAACCAGAUGGCUCCGGGGAAGCGAAGCAAGGCCGAGGGGGAGGCGCCGCCCGGUGGCGGAGGGUUCCCGGGCUGCCUCAGCCUUGUGCCGCCGUCCACCGUUGCCAUCUCGAUCCACGCCAAGCCUGGCUCCAAGGUCGCCACCAUCACAGAGAUCGGAGAGGAGGCGGUCGGCUUGUAAAUCGACGCGCCGGCGAGGGAUGGCGAGGCCAACGCCGCGCUUGUCGACUUCAUCAGCUCGAUACUUGGGGUGAAUAAAAGAGAAGUAUCCAUUGGCUCUGGUUCUAAAUCAAGGGAAAAGAUUAUAUUAGUACAAGAUUCGACUCUUCAAGGUGUCUACGAUGCUUUGAAGAAGUCAUGCAAUUGUGUGUGAUGUAUGUAUGCUAAAUCUGAAGUUACUUAAAUUUAUUAGCUAAUUUAGUAUUCUUUAUAAAACAUUCUUGGGUUAGUAAACUUUCCUAUUCCUAGUGACCA